AUGGUCUCUCCACAGAGGAGUGUCCUGGCUGUGAACUUCAGACAGGGCCAUGAACUUCAUGACUCGGCACGGCGGCCACACGCACUCACAGGAGACAUGGAUACGCUUCGUCUGCCCGUGCUGUUGUGCGCGCUCCUUGGAUCCUACCGGGUGGAAGCGAGAGGCGGUGAUGGAGCGAUAGUCGGGCAUCAUCACGGAAACAGCCUCCUCCACCACCAGCCUCAGGACCAGCCUCAGCCUCAGCGUCAGCAUCAGCAGAAGCAGAAGCAUCAACCAGACGGAGAUAAUCCCGGGGAAGACGCAGUCGCUGCCUUCUUGCACACCGGAGAUGCCCGUACACUGGCUCACGCCAACUGCAGCCACCGGUUCGAGCUUGCGUCGUCGCGGGGGAGCACGGAGUCCAUGAGCCGCGUCUUGGAUACGAUCAUACACGCCACCAACUUCCUCAACAUGAUCCUCCAAAACAACAGGUCCAGGGAGCAGAGUCUGCGCUCGGACAUAGAGUGGUACCAGGCGCUGGUCCGGAGCAUUAUUGAAGGAGACGAGAGGAUCCACCGCGCUGUGCUGAGCUUCAGUGUGGACUCAGUGAAGCCUGAUGUUCUACUGCAGGCCACACGCUCAGGAGGCCACACCCUCCUGCAGGACCUGUCUGAGGACCAUCUCCACCAGAGGAGCCCAGAGAGCGAGUGGUACCACGGCCUGAAGCGCCGGAAGAAGCCGCUGUUCCACAAAAGUGUGCUGAGUCAGGACUUCUCUGUGGAGCAGAGAGAGAGCUUCAUCCCAGACAGAAGCCACGUGCUCUGGUCCUCGCCGUAUCUGGAAUGUGAGCGCGGGAAGCUCCUGCCACGAUGGCUCCUCACUCUGUCUGCAGCGUUCUACGGCAAGAGAGACCAGGCCCCAGAGUUCAGGUACGAGGUAUACGAGCUGCCGCCGCUGGUCAAUUUAUCCAAGCUGCCGCCAUUGGUCAGUUUGUACAAGCUGCCGCCAUUGGUCGGUUUAUACGAGCUGCCGCCAUUGGUCGGUUUAUCCAAGCUGCCGCCAUUGGUCAGUUUGUACAAGCUGCCGCCAUUGGUCGGUUUAUACGAGCUGCCGCCAUUGGUCGGUUUAUCCAAGCUGCCGCCAUUGGUCAGUUUGUACAAGCUGCCGCCAUUGGUCGGUUUAUACGAGCUGCCGCCAUUGGUCGGUUUAUACGAGCUGCCGCCAUUGGUCAGUUUGUACAAGCUGCCGCCAUUGGUCGGUUUAUACGAGCUGCCGCCAUUGGUCGGUUUAUCCGAGCUGCCGCCAUUGGUCAGUUUGUACAAGCUGCCGCCAUUGGUCGGUUUAUCCAAGCUGCCACCAUUGGUCAGUUUGUACAAGCUGCCGCCAUUGGUCAGUUUGUACAAGCUGCCGCCAUUGGUCGGUUUAUCCAAGCUGCCACCAUUGGUCAGUUUGUACAAGCUGCCGCCAUUGGUCGGUUUAUACGAGCUGCCGCCAUUGGUCGGUUUAUCCAAGCUGCCACCAUUGGUCGGUUUAUCCGAGCUGCCGCCAUUGGUCAGUUUGUACAAGCUGCCGCCAUUGGUCGGUUUAUACGAGCUGCCGCCAUUGGUCGGUUUAUACGAGCUGCCGCCAUUGGUCAGUUUGUACAAGCUCUAA